GGCGGCCUGCAGGGGGCGGAAGAGACGAGGAAGUGCCCGCAUCCACACGAACGCACACAAACACAGGAAGAGAGCAAAAGAGAGAGAGUGACACGCGCGCAGCCAGCCAGUCACACACACAGCAACUCCAGUUGGAGAAGUGUCUUCGCUGCAGCAGACGCCCACUUCCCCUUCUUGCUCCUCGGCACCGCCGGGUGCAAACAUUCGCCUUCUGCCAACAUGUCCAUGACAACAACACAUCCACGCGCGCAAAAGUUGAUCUAUUGAGCGGGUUGGAAUAAGCCAAGCAGCAGUCGCGCCAGGUGUGAAUGAUUGUCCUCCCGCUUUAAAGAGAGAGGCUCCGGAGCAACCACGCCGCCAUGCCGCCGCCCGCCGACACCGUCAAGGUGGCCAUCGAGUGGCCGGGGGCCUUCCCCAAACUCAUGGAGAUCGACCAGAAAAAACCACUCUCCGCCAUCAUCAAAGAAGUGUGCGAAGGUUGGUCUCUGGGGAAUCAUGAAAAUUUUGCGCUGCAAAUGGCUGACGCCAACUUCUACAUCACUGAAAAGAAUCGCAAUGACAUCAAGAAUGGCUCCAUCCUGCGUUUGACCACCUCACCUUACCAAACGGCGCUGCAGCUGCACGAGCGGAUCCAGUCGUCCAGCAUGGACGCUAAGCUGGAGGCGCUCAAGGACCUGGCCAGCGCCUCGCGCGACGUCACCUUCGCCCUGGACUUCAUCAACAUGGACGGCAUCUCGCUGCUCACCCAGAUGGUGGAGAGCGGCACAGAGCGCUAUCAGAAACUGCAGAAGAUUAUGAAGCCCUGUUUCGGCGACCUGCUCUCGUUCACGCUCACGGCCUUUGUGGAGCUGAUGGACCACGGCAUCGUCUCCUGGGACACUUUUUCCGUGGCCUUCAUCAAGAAGAUUGCCAGCUACGUCAACAAGGCGGCCAUGGACACGGCCGUGCUGCAGCGCUCGCUAGCCAUUCUGGAGUCCAUGGUGCUCAACAGUCAGGACCUCUACCACAAGGUGGCGCAGGAGAUCACCAUCGGCCAGCUCAUCCCGCACCUGCAGGGGACGGAUCAGGACAUCCAGACGUACACCAUCGCUGUCAUCAACGCGCUCUUCCUCAAAGCUCCCGAGGAAAGAAGACAAUCUGAUGAGCACAUUGUGGACAUCCUAAAUUGUCCCUUGACAGAGAUGGCGGACAUCUUGGCCCAGAAGCAACUGCGCUCCAUCAUCCUCAGCAACGUGAUCCGGAGCCCGACGCCCAUCAACGACGAGAUGGCGCACCAACUGUACGUUCUGCAGGUUCUCACCUUCAACCUGCUGGAGGACCGCAUGAUGACCAAGAUGGACCCCCAGGAUCAGGCUCAGCGUGACAUCAUCUUUGAGCUGCGUCGGAUCGCCUUUGACGUGGACUGCGAGCCCAAUAACAGCGGUGGCAGCAGCACGGAGAAACGCAAAUCCAUGUACACUCGCGACUACAAGAAGCUUGGAUUUAUUAAUCACGUGAACCCGGCAGUGGAUUUCACCCAGAUUCCUCCCGGAAUGCUGGCGCUGGACAACAUGCUCUACUUUGCCAGGCACCACCAGGACGUCUACAUCCGGAUUGUUCUCGAGAACAGUAGUCGGGAGGACAAGCACGAGUGCCCUUUUGGACGCAGCAGCAUCGAACUCACCAAGAUGCUCUGCGAGAUCCUCAAAGUGGGCGAGCUGCCUGGUGAAAACUGCCACGACUUCCACCCGAUGUUUUUUACGCACGACCGCUCCUUUGAGGAGUUCUUCUGCAUUUGCAUCCAGCUGCUCAACAAGACCUGGAAGGAGAUGAGGGCCACCAGCGAGGACUUCAACAAGGUCAUGCAGGUGGUGCGCGAGCAGAUCAUGCGAGCGCUGACGCUGAAGCCUAACUCACUGGACCAGUUCAAGAGUCGCCUGCAGAAUCUGAGCUACGCCGAGAUCCUCAAGAUACGACAGUCGGAAAGGAUGAAUCAGGAGGACUUCCAGUCCCGCCCCAUCCUGGAGCUGAGGGAGAAGAUCCAGCCGGAGAUUAUGGAGCUGAUCAAACAGCAAAGGCUCAAUCGACUGUGUGAAGGAACGUGCUUCAGGAAGAUCAGCAGUCGAAGGAGACAAGACAAAUUCUGGUACUGCCGGCUGUCCCCCAAUCACAAGGUCCUGCACUACGGGGACCUCGAGGAGAGUCCUCAAGGGGAGGUACCCCACGAUUCUCUGCAGGACAAAUUGCCCGUGGCCGACAUCAAGGCGGUCAUUACGGGGAAAGACUGCCCGCAUAUGAAAGAGAAGGGCGCUCUCAAGCAGAACAAGGAGGUGCUGGAGUUAGCCUUCUCCAUCCUCUACGAGUCGGACGAGUAUUUAAACUUUAUCGCUCCGGACAAGCACGAGUACUGCGUGUGGACCGACGGCCUGAACGCGCUCCUGGGCAAGGAGAUGGGCAGUGACUACACCAAAUCCGACAUGGACACGCUGCUCACUAUGGAGAUGAAGCUACGCCUGCUGGACCUGGAGAACAUUCAGAUCCCUGAAGCGCCGCCCCCUAUUCCCAAAGAGCCCAGCAACUAUGACUUUGUUUACGAUUGUAACUAGUUUAGCUUAGUUUAGCCCUGCUGUAUUCACUGGACCCCCCGACCCCCCUUGCGUCCCUUCUUCUCCUUCCUUAAAACUGGAUGAUUUCAAGAACUGUGAUUGAGGAUUCUCCCCUCCCCCCACUUUUCCUCUUUGCUAUGAAGACCAGAAGAAACUAGAAUGCAUUCCCUUGAAGUCAAGAAACUCCUUUUUUAUGAUUUGUCCUCAGGGCUUCUGUGCGGGGAGGGACAGCCAUGUUAGUUGUAAUCCACUUGUUUAUUUCCUGUCACAUGACACAAGUUUCACCAUUAUUGUGGCAGCUAAAUGUUUUCCCCACACCAUGAGAAGUACUGUACUUCACUCCUUGUCUGCUCAAGACUGUUACAACAUUUUUUCCCCUUGUCACAAAGUCCCUGAACGACUGCUGUACACCACAUUUCUGAGCAAUAUUUACUUUAUCACUUAAGCCCCUAUCCCACUGAUUGCCCAACGUGUUCGAGAGUGUUAGAUAAGCUAGCAAAUGCUCGUCGCAGACCUUCACCAACAGUUUUGUUUUUCUUGUCGCAAGGACAUUUUGAAUAUUUUCAAAAGUCCCUUGCAAUACAGAUGAACGUAUGUUCAAACAUUUGUGACCGCUACCUUUGCAAAAAUUUGCAAAUGUUGGCCCUUCAGUGGAAUACUAUCUUAAGUGUUUAUUUUUUUAUUGUAAAGCUGUUAAUUUAGGGUGUGAAAAAGGGACGCUAUUGUGUUGACAAAAAUUUGAAGGUUAAUGUACUUUUUUUGUUUUAUUUAAAAACAGAUCAUGGUUGUGAUUUCAAGUUUGAUUUUUUUUAUAUAAA